GAGGCACGCGCAGAGCUCACGCGGCACGCUACCACGCGGCAUUCCGCAGCGAUCAGGGCAGCCGAGCGCUCGGCAUUUGAAUCUCGCUGGACGUGCCAGGUGGACGUGAGCGGUCGGUUCUCGCAAGGCCUACAUAGCCCGUUACUCUCUAGGAUGCAGGACAGCACAGGACACCGCCGGAUCGACAGGCACCAGAUCCCGCCCGAGCAGCUGCCCGAGCUGUUCGGCGCGCAGUUCUUUCGAUUCCUGCCGGGCCUGGACGCGUCGGGCCGCUCCAGGACAGACGAGCCGUCUUCCUCAGAGGCAAUGUCAUCUACGGCGGGAUCUACCGACUCCAGGCAGCUGUACAGCGUCCACCUCCCCUCGCUGACGUCUGCCUCCACGCUGAUGGCGAGAAGUGAAGAGGGCACCCUGGCAGCCCACUCCGGCCAGAGUCGCGUACUGCUGAAGAAGGAGGGCUCCGCGGAAUCUCUGGCCAGCGGAUCGGAGGCACGCACGAUCCCCGCCUCGACCAGGGCCAUGCUGGCGAUACGCCGGAGCCGCAUCCUGGGAAUGCCGAUGGCCUACUACGCGCUCCUCAUUGGCAGCAUGGCACUGUGCGCCUUCUCCUAUGCCUUCGCAUCCAAGACGAUGAGCGAGAGGAGCGCACACAUCCCAGGCCACUCUCACAUGGCCGCCAAGGAGGGACACGGCGGCUUGCUCAAUGUGCUGGUCCCGCCGUCCUCGUCGACGGGCAAGGACCUCGCGCACACCACGUGGCACCAGCAGCCACCAAGUGUUCGCGCCCACGGCGGGAGUCGCCGCCACGCGAAGCACCCGGGCCGGAAGAGCAAGAGGUCCGGGCGGCGCUCGCACUCCGCCGCUGCCACCGCAGCUUCGACGAAGGCCGCGGUGGAGGAUGUGGACUUGACGCCGGACAGCGCGACGCCGGCUCAAUGGGAGCCGCCUGUCAUGGAGACGACGCCCAGCGCCGUCCAAGACACGGCGGCGACCAUGUUCGCACCCGCUUCGCUGCCGUCGGCACCGACCGUGACCGGCGGCAGCAUCGCCCAAAACGGAACGUUCAACUCAUCGGUGAACCUCGACGAGUACGAGGAAGUGUUCGAGUACUACUACGUGUACGACGACAACGAGACGUCGACAUCGAGCACGCAUCAGCCGGCGCAAUACGCCGAGCUUGCCAUUCCAAUAAACCGGUGAUGCUCGAUGUA